AUGGAUGUGACUCCUCUCUAUCAAGGCUCUUGUCUUUGCGGAGGAGUCUCAUUCACCAUGACGGUCGAACCUCCAGAGAUCAACUCUUGUUUCUGCAUACAUUGUCGGAAGAACGCCGGAGGGCCUUGUCAAAUAAAUGCCAUGUGGUCAGAGAGGAACAUGACGAUCCACGACCGGGAGAAGCUAGUGAACUCCUUCAUCCUCACGAAUACAGCCAGCGGUCAUCCAAAGAUCAAGUGCUUUUGCAAGGUCUGUGGGUGCACGCUCUGGACGAUCUUCGAACGAGGGGACGAAGUGUUCCGGAAUGUUCGUGUGGGACUCAUCGAGGAUGGGAUCGAGCGACUACGCCCACUAACAGAAUUCUUCAUCAAACGCAGACCACCGUACGUCUUGCCUUUUGAAGGCGCAAGACAGCUGCAGGAAGACGAGCCUGAUGAGCUAGAAUAGCCGUGUCAUCUUUCCUUUUUCCAUGUAUACCAACAUCUUAUGUGCUGUAGCCCUACCAAUGAC